AUGCCACUAGUUUAUGGAAAAUUUGGAGUGGUCGGUGUGUCCCUAUGGGAAAUGGGUUUAGGAUCCAUUUGUGUCUUUGGUAUCUUAAUUGAAUAUUUGCAUUUAAGAGGACGCAGUGCCGUGUCACGUGUGGAGUUCAAACCCAGCUUUUGUCUUAAGAAGGAACUCGUCUUAGUGCUUAAGGGUGUUUUGGCUAGAUCAGAAAUUGUUGGAUUUUUUGACAGUUUAGGUUUCUUCGGUCUGUUUGGUUCUGGUUUAAGUCGUGCUUCUGCUGUUGUGACGGAGAAGGCUGGCAUAUCCUGCGGCUUGCUUCAUGACAGGCUUCUGUUCUGUCCAUUUUAUGGUGUAGUAGACUGGAGGUGGCGAUUUGGUUCUCCGCUUCUCUAUUUCUCUGUCACGUGUUUUGCUGUUGUGUCUUGUUGGUACAGCUGCUGUUUGGCCAGUGCCGGCUUGAGUGGUUUUUCCAACUCAGUUUCGAAGGUUUAUCGGGCAGUUUCGAAGGUUUAUCGGGGAGAGGGAGUGGGUGAAACUAAUUUUGCCUUUGGUUCAUUUUUCUGUUAUGUAUUGUCAGGCAGUGGUCAAGUCUUGCUUUUUACUUAUCUUCUGAAUUUCUUAGGUGCAUGA